AUACGUGGGGACAAGCGGUGUUGCAUCUCCUGUGUGUGAGUAUCGUUGUUCUUGUCUUACACCACCUCCACUCACUCUCUCUCUCCCUCUCUUGUUGUUUUCUCCACCUCUUGCUCUCUUCCCAAGGGGGAUGGAGACUCCGGAGGAAGCCCGGGGCUCCAACAGCAGCGACAGCAUCUCCAACGGUGAAUUGGUUCAAGCUUUGGUCAAGGGUAAGCGCACGAAGCGACCGAGGAGCCAACCACCGCCGCCGGUGGUCGUCGCCGCCGACGCGUCGUCGGCCUCCUCGGCAGAGGCUGCCUCCGGGAUUGUCACGGAGGAGGAGGAGGACAUGGCCAACUGCCUCAUCCUGCUGGCCCAGGGACGCGCCCUGGUCGCGAGGCCUCCGCCGGCUCAGGCGCGGAAGGACGAUGCCGCUGGCCGCGGCGGUGGGGCCGAGAAGUUCACCAGCCGAAGGUUCGCUGAGGCGGCCACCACCACCAACGGCAAGGCCGGGUUCUACGUGUACGAGUGCAAGACGUGCAACAAGUGCUUCCCGUCGUUCCAGGCCCUCGGCGGGCACCGCACCAGCCACAAGAAGCCCAAGCUCGCCCCCCCGCCGACGACGGCCGCGGAGGAGAAGGUCGUGGUCGACGACGAUAUGCUGCAGAUAAGCAUGAAUUCGUUCUCGAAGCCUAUCGGGAGCAGCGGCCAGUCCAACACGAAGCCCAAGAUCCACGAGUGCUCCAUAUGCGGAUCGGAAUUCAGCUCCGGGCAGGCCCUCGGCGGCCACAUGAGGCGGCACAGGCCGCUGGCCGCCGCGGAUGCCCAAGAAGCCAAGAAGGAUAAGAGCUUCCUCUCGCUAGAUCUCAACCUCCCCGCACCGGCCGACGAGGAGCUCCACCGACCGCCUUCGCCCUCCUUCACGUUAGCCAGCAAGCGGUCGCUCAUCUUCCCGGCCCCGGUGUCGGCGUCCGCGUCCGCGUCGGCUUUGGUGGUCGACUGCCAUUACUAAGAACACCUCUCAACCAAUGGACGCCAAUCAGCUGUCCAUCAAUUCUUUCUCUGCUUCUCUUCCCUUCGAUCCAUUACCACUUGUGAUACACCGUGGCUUAUGUGAGCAAUUCAUUCCAUUUCAUUGCAAUUUAAC